AUGCCACGCUCAUCUGCCGCGAGUAGGAAGAACCAGAGCAAUCGGCACGACAAUGGCCUCGUCGGUCCCGGCAAGAAAGUGACCAAGCAGAAAUCCUCCGGCCAUCUGAACGGCUCGCCCAGCAACGGCUCUGCCCCCGGCUCGGCCACCGUUCCCAUCGAUCUGUCCGCCACCCGUUCGACCAGUGAUACCGCGAUCACCUCGCCAACACUUGUGACAAAAGGGCCGGAUGAUGCCAAGGCAGAUGGCAAUGUGCGUGGGAUGUUAAACGGACACAGCAGAGGUGGAGACAUGGAUUGCAGCCUGACCAACGGUGCCUCGUCGCAAAACGGCGGCAUCGCCGGCUCGGCUUCUCGCAAUGGCGUCUCCAAACGAUCGGGUUCAAGCUCGUCAAUCAAUCCGCUUCAGUUCGCGUCCACCAUCCUCAAGUCGUGCCCCAUGUACGACACCAUCGCCAUCUUGAUUUUUCUGCUUCAACUCCCACCAAUGGUCCUAACCCUCGUCCAAUUCUUGUUCGCCUCCCUCACCUUCAUGCCCCCGAGUGGUGCCGCCGCCGGUUCUCUGUCGUCGAAUUUCGAUAUCUUUCAGGGCCCUGCCGGAACCCCCUCCUUGGGGACGAUGAUCGCCAUGGAUGGCUUCUGCGUUCUUUUCUGGGGCCUCUUUAUGUGGAACUGGGCUCAAAACUUUGCAAUUGAUUUAGCCCACGUUCAAGUCGCCAUCACCCUCGGCGGCGGAGGCUCUGGGAAGAACGGCGGGGUCAAUGGCCUGUGCGUGGGCAUUGUUCUGCUUCUUCACAUCGUGCGCAGCAAAGGCAUACAGGAAUUUGUGAUAGGCCACCUCGCAUCUGCCAAACUCGUCAGCCCUGAUAUUCUUUCUCAAUUUUCAAAUCUUUUACCCGCCGAAUUCCGACGUUCCGCAUCACAAUCAUCUCCGAGUUGGCUAAGGAGCCUUCUCGCUGGUGGGAAACGUGGGGAUACUGAGGCCUCCGCCGGAUCGCAAGCCCAGCAUGAUUCAGCUCUAGAGUCGGCUGCCAGUCUUUCAUCUUCUCUCGUCGGCCCCGAUGGUCAAUUUCUCAAGGAUGGAAAAGAUCGGCUUACUUCAGCUAAAAAACGCAGGAGACAAGCUAAUCAAGUUCGAAGCCGUCAACCAUUCUGGGCCGCCCUCGCUAGCACCAAGGUCACCGUCAUGCGGGAGUACGAACACUCGCGAGCGUCUUCGAAAACCACCCGUGGUCUCACGAUGACUGAGGACGAUCUCCAGGGCGUCUCUCUUGAUGAUGGAUUAGUAUGGAUUACAGAUGUGGACAGUGCUACGAUAAAGUUCGCUGCUGGUGAUCUCGUCGAUGAUACCGCAGUGCCAAGCUCUUGUGGAAAUGGUCUCGGAAUCCUCCAAUGGCCCGAGUAUGGUUCAAUGGCGGGCGAGAUCUCCGGACUUGCUCCCAAUUGUGCAUAUACUUGCUCUUUUGUCCGCAGCGAUACCGACGAGGAAAUAUGUGUCAUGAGCGUCAAAACUCCUACGGCGGCUGAUACAGAGCAAGCUGUUUCUGUAGUUCCCGCGCCUCCGCAGCCGCCUUACCGACCCUCAUCCCCGACGACAACGCUCAAAAACUCCAUCAUCAAUGCCGAAGCCAAAUUAAACGAAAAGCGCUCCCGACUCAAGAAAACCAAGAACGACCACAAGCUUCUCAUCUCUAAAAUUCGGAGGGAACUGGACAAUUUCAACAACCGUCUUCAGAGUGGAACGGACGAAAAUCGCCAAAAGCAGCGUUCGCUCCAACUCGAGCGGAACAUUCGACAAACGGAAGAGGCAACCUCAGCCUUGGAGGUGCAGUUGGAUAAUAUGGAAAAUGUUCCCGAAGAAGAACUCGAGGAGUGGUCUACACACAAGACCGAAUUUGAGCGACAACUGGACCGAUUUAACGCGACAAAGGAAGAACUCACCGAGGCUCGUCUUGCUGCCGCUCAACAGGUGUCGUCUAUGGAGCAAGAGCUCAACCUGGUCAUUCAGAAACGCGAGCGUCUUCAAGGCCGUCGUACCCGAGUCAACGAACAGUACGAGCGCAUCAUCUCCGCCAAUGCGCAGGGACUAAAUGAAAGAGAACGUCGUGCGGCCGAACAAUUUGCCCGGGAACAAGAUCAUGCCAAGUUAGAGCUCAAUUUCCAAGAACAGUUCAGCAGCAUCAGUCAAUCUGUUCAGGACUUCCAGCUACGCACCAGUCAGCUUUGGCAGCAAGCGUCCGCUAUCGAACAAACGAUUCAGCAGCAACAGCAGCAGAUGCUUCUGGACUCUGGCCCCCUCACUCCCGAGGGCAAUCUUCCAGGCACGAAUCCUUUGCUCGAAACCCACAAUUCGUCUCUGAACUUGUCGACUACUUCCGCUCCGAAUGGCCGGGCGUUACUAGCCCUCAGCUUCCCUCCAGCCAAGUCCAGCCCUCUGCAUAGCUCGUCUCCGGUCCACGCCAACUCGUCAAAUCCGACCAGCCCAACGUACGAUGCUUUCAUGCCCCAUUUUCCGACCUCUUCGCCUGGCAAUGGUGCCUCCUACUUCGCUUCCGAUACCCACCGAGAUCGUUCGUUCUCUAACCGCUCAACCCGUAGCAGCCAGUAUGGCUCCGAGUAUUUCGAUGCUCAGCGGAUGCCUCCCCUCCAGCUCGAGCUGGCCGAACUGCUUUCCGAAAAGCAACGGUCUGGGUCGAAUGAAAAUGGCUUUCUCCAGGGCGGUCGCCCUUCUUUAAGUCCUUUUCAGCGAGCUGCGAGUCGAGGCAGUGGGGCUGAUAGCGGGAGCGGUGGUACCAGAAGUGGAAGUGGCAGCCCAGGGUCGGCUCGAGAUUGA